AUGGCGACUGCUUCUGCACGGAACAAAAGCUCCGACGACUUUACCCCUGGCGCGGAGGGUCCAGCACCUAUCACCACGUCCCUGGUGGGCAACACUGCUCCUGCAGCUGCCGCUGCACAUCCUCCGCGGAUCCGUCGCCGAAAUCGCAUGAUAACAUCAUGUCUCGAGUGUCGUCGCCGCAAGCUUCGCUGCAAUCGGUCACAGCCAUGUGUCAAUUGCACAAAGGCCAAUCGAGACUGCGUCUUCCUUGCACCAGCUACCGAUGCUGUGGCCCAGCUCAAGCUCAAAGAAGUAAAAGAGAAAAUGGGUGAUUUGGAACUGGGUCUCGCUCGAGAUGCCGCCAGUAAUGUCACAAGAGAGGAUGAUUCUCCUGCAAGGACCACUGAUAGAAACGUUGAACAGGAGGACUUAUCUUUUCUACCGGCAGCUGGAGAUGACUCAGACUCGCUGGAUGAGCAGCAUCUAGUAGCAACCCCAAACGCUAUCGAGGAUGCUGUCUAUGAUGAUGAUGCGGACGAUGUGUUAAUGGACUUGGGAAUUCAACUGGGAAAAAUCGAUAUGGCAUUGAAGCACACAGAUGAUGGAUUGGAAUAUACACCUCUUUCGUCCUCUGGAUUUCGAUCCUUAUUCUACAAAGAAGAUCUCCGCCGCUCCUUGGAACCUCCACCGAUGUAUCUCGAGCCCUCUCCAGGCUUUCUUUUCGGCGGCAUUCCAGAGCGGAGCGCUUUGAUGGACUAUCUCCCCUCAAGGUCAGCCGCAGACCGGCUGAUUGGGCAGUAUUUUGAUUCUGUCCAUUAUAUCGCUCGAGUUGUGCAUCGACCGACGUUUGAGCGGCAGUACCGUAGCUUUUGGGCUCAGGUCUCAUUAGGCAUUGAACCUACGGCAUCACUGCAAGCGCUUGUCUUUGCGGCCAUGUUCUCUGCCAUUGUCAGCAUGCCAGAGGAAACCUCAUUUUCCGAAUUCGGCGUGAACAAAGCCCGGCUGACAGAGAACUUUUUACUGGGCACCGAGUCUGCUCUGGCGCGGGCAAAUUUUCUCCGCACAUCCAAGAUUGAAACUUUGCAGGCAUUUGUCAUGUAUCUUAUUCCUAUCUGUCGGGAUCAACUCUCUCGUACCCAUGCCGUUCUCGUGGCAGCAGCUAUCAGGAUUGCACAAUGCAUGGGUCUCCAUCGCGACGGAACCAACUACGGCCUGUCUCCUCUUGAAACGCACGUCCGCCGGCUCAUCUGGUAUCAACUGUGCUAUCUCGAUAUUCGGUCCUGCGACGCCCACGGUCCACGACCGUCAAUCCGGCGUGACGAUUUCGAUACUAAAUUCCCGCUCAAUGUCGACGACACAGCUUUUGGAUCCUCUUCUCCUCCUACAGAAGAUGCGCCGUUUUGGACUGACAUGACCUUUGCCCGGGUUCGCUUCGAAUGCCAUGAAACCCACCGGAUGAUUUGGUUUGAGCGCCCAAGAUUAGAGCGCAAGGAAAUUACUCUCCUCCAUCUCCUUGGAAAAGUUGACAAUUUCCGUCGUACUAUGCAAGAGAAAUUCCUUACCAUGCUCGACGACACCGUUCCAUUACACCGUUACGCGCGGCUCGUCUUUCAGAUACACUUUAACAGAAAUUUCCUCAUGAUCUUACACCGUUUCAUGGCUUCUCCGCACAAGAAAAUCCCAGAUCGACUACGACAGGUGGCUAUUUCGUGUGCUGUGGAACAGCUCGAAGCCGCCAUUGAAAUUGAAACGUCCCCUGAGCUUCGACCUUGGCUCUGGUUCUCAAGGACUUGCCAGCAAUUUCACUCGGGCUUGUUUCUGCUCAUAGAAAUCUACUUUUAUCCCAAUCAGCCUCUCGCAGAUAGAGUUUGGAAGGUCCUCGACUACACAUUUGAACUUUCUUCUGAUCUCCCCCGCGAGGUGAAGGCGCGAAGGAUGUUGACCGAAAUCCGCGACAGAACUGACGUAUAUCGUGAACUUCGCAAGAUGCGGGCGCCUGCAAAUCUGGAGGGUGAAGUCGGCUCAAGGGUUGCACGCGUGUCGCAACGACAUGAACAAGAAGAAGCCGCAAAAGACGUACUUGAGACAAGUGCAGGCGUGACAGGUAUAAAUAUGGGUACUCUGGGUGAUCCUUCCCAACCAGCACAAGCAUCUUCUCCGUCCAAUUUAUCUUGGUUCAAUCUACCCUUCUCAACCUUUCUUCCGAAUCAAUCACCGGCACACGUCGCAAGUGUUCAAAAUCGAUUAGAUGUCUCUUAUGCUGCGCAGCAGCGACAUCAGAAGGAGAGUGAAGGAAAAGCAAAAGAGGUUGAGGCGAAGAGCCCGUCCUCACCACAACGACCCACGCAAUUACCUCCUCCCGCCUCUGCUUUUCCAUCACCAAUUUCAGACGUAUCCCGCCAACCAGUGAAGCCGCCAGCGGCAUACACUCCCCUCGGUUUUGUCUCUUAUGCCGAUCAAUCAGUUCAGCAACCUGAUUUUGGCGCCAACUACACAAACGUCCCGAAUCCUGACUCCCCUUACACCCCAGCUGCUCAUGGUGCGACCGUGACUAGUCCGAGCGCGAAUUUGUCUGAUAACGGUCCUGGCGUUACAAGUCAAAGGAGCAGGACUUUCGAUGCUGGUGGAAGUUUGGCAUAUAGUCCUACUGCCAUUCCCAGUGGGCAGAAACCCAUUGCACAGAAUUAUCAGUACUUCUUCGCACCACCCCCGCAGCCAUCGGCGCCGCCGACUAUUGAGUCCCGGUCUACCAACUCCUCGUCGCCGGACGAACUCAUGCUGGAUAUCGAUUGGGAUGAGUGGGAUCGAUUGUUUCCGCAGCCUUCUGUGGUAUGA